AUGGGCAAGCUUCGCCAAUUCUACGACAAGCACAUCGUGCUACACCCCCAUGCGGGGGCCUUCACAUCAGAGCCAGACGCGGCACGAUGGAGCAACAAAGAUCUCGACCCGGUGCCCGAAGAGAAGAAAACCUGGGAAUGGUGGCAUGUCGGAGGCUUCUGGAUUGCUGAAGGUUUCAAUCCCGCACAAAUGCAGGUGCCUUCCAGCGCUGUCGCACUGGGGUUGAAUCCAGGUCUAGCAAUGGUGGCCUGCUUGAUCGGAAAUCUUCUCGUUACUGGGCCUGUGUGCAUUGUGGGUUGGCUUGGAAGCAAGUACUCAGUCCCAUUCCCGGUCAUUGCUCGAGCGUCGUAUGGCAUGAUAGGCGCAUACUGGGCAAUGAUCAUCCGCGGUAUUUUCUGCGUCAUCCUUUAUGGCGUUCAAGCCACUCUCGGUGGCAAUGCCGUUCGGUGCAUGCUUGAGGCCAUCUGGCCGUCCUUUGCCCACUGGCACUUAGACAGCCUUCCCAAAAGUGCGGACAUCACGGCCCCGGACCUGCUUUGCUUCGCUCUGUUCUGGAUUGCCUCUUUCCCCUUGCUCUUCGUGCCCAUGUCCUCACUGCGCUGGCUAUUCGCAGUCAAGAUUGCAAUCAUGCCAUUCUUCUAUGUGGCGCUGUUUACGUGGGCACUGACGGCAGGCCAUGGCGUUGGGCCUUUGUUUUCUAUUCCCAACAAAAUCACCAGCGGAUGGUCGAUUGGAUACGUCUUUUGCUCAACAAUCCUAGCCACCAUCGGAGGAAAUGCCACCUUCGCGGUCAACAUGGCGGACAUCACUCGCUAUGCCAAAAAUCCUCGGAGCUCAGCUAUUGCACAGGCAUUUGCAUUGCCGAUAUGCAUCACGAUGACGCUCAUGGCCGCCACAGCCCAAGUCGUUUACGGCCAGGUUCUCUGGAAUCCAUUGACGAUCGUUUUGCUCUGGAACAACCGAACUGCAAAAUUCUUUGCCGGCUUGCUCUUCGCAUUUGCGACCAUUGCAACAAAUAUCACAGGAAACAGUAUUCCCUUUGCUCAUGACAUCGCGGGAAUCUUCCCGCGGUAUAUGAACGUUCGACGCGGGCAGAUUCUUUGCGCUAUUCUCGGGUUUGCAAUGAACCCUUGGGUCAUUCAGGCUCGGGCUUCCCGCUUUUUCAACUUCGUCGGAGGAUACUCGAUAUUCCUGGGCCCGUUGGUUGGAAUCAUCCUGUGCGACUACCUCAUCAUCCGGAAAGCUAGACCAUACAAUAUAUACCACCUCUACAGACCGGGCGGGCUGUACUGGUACUGGAAAGGCUGUAACUUCCGCGCCCUGACAGCGUGGCUGGUCGGCGUGGUCCCGCUCCUGCCAGGUCUAAUCUACAAUAUCAACUCCAACAUCAAAAUGGACAAGGGCAUUUUGGAAUUCUACACGCUCGGUUGGCUCGAUGGACUGGUCAUCGCAUCGUAA